AUGCAAAAACGUCGGCGCUUGGUCCAAGGAGACGCGUGUUCACGUUCCCGAAAACGUACGGGCGACGUAGCAGUCAAAGCAGACGGAAAGCAGCCGAGUUGCUCGAAAAGUCGUAUGGCCGCCACGAAGAAGAAGUACUCGAACAAAAGUAAGAGACAUGAUCCCCGAAAUGAUAAGAGUACAGUAGCGACGACAACGACGCAGCACUAUGAUCGGAACGCUGCAGCCACGACGUGGACAGACGACGGUAGUUUGGAUCUGUACCGACGUCGGCUGCAUGACUUGCGUCGCGAAUGGCAAGACUCGGUGACUCAGUGCAGGAAGACAUUCUACAAUAAUCCAAAGCCGGUUGCCGCUUUCGUGGACGCCAACGUAGGCGAAAGAGAAGGAAGAGACAUCGAGAUGAAAGGUCGGCAACAACGCGAUGAAGAAGAGAGCGAAGUAGAGACUCGAGUGACGUAUUAUUCGCCGUGGGACGUGACAGAGACGUCGUCGGGGCUUCUGGUGCCAAGUUACGUGCUGACGCAGCUGCUGCCCCACCAACGCGAGUGUCUCGAGUGGCUGCACAAACUGCAUGAACGAGGAGUUGGCGGGAUCUUGGGAGACGAUAUGGGGCUUGGCAAAACUGUGCAGCUAGCCUCCUUUGUAGGCUCGCUGCAUCUGGCGCGAAGACUUCAGACAGUGCUGCUCUUGUGUCCAGCGUCGGUGUUGUUGCAGUGGGUCCGAGAGCUGCACAAGUGGACGCCUUGGAUGCGGGUCGUGCUGCUCCAUGCUUCGGGGACAGGCGUAAACACGUCAUCGUCGAGUGCGUGUUACGAGCAGCUUAUUGAAGAGACGUUUUGCUACGAAAAUGACGUGUUGGGCGGCGAAGAGGAGGAGGAAAUGGGAUAUCGCGAAAGGGGAGAGCACGCACCGACAGGCGGUGGUGUGGUCAUUAGCACGUACGAAAAUGUGCGACAGUAUCAGAGCUUGUUUCUCACGCGCGAAUGGGACUACGUUGUGCUGGACGAAGGACACCGGAUUCGCAAUCCAGACGCUGAAACAACGCUUGCUUGCAAACAGCUGCGCACGAUACACCGCAUCAUUCUCUCUGGUACACCGAUUCAGAAUCGACUUCGAGAGCUUUGGUCGCUGUUCGACUUCGUUUAUCCCGGACGUUUGGGCACAUUACCAACGUUCGACGAUGAGUUUGUGCUGCCCAUUCGAGCGGGAGGAUACGCGACAGCAACUAAGAUGCAGGUGUUGAUGGCAUACAAGUGUGCACUGGCCCUGAGAGAUCUCAUCCAGCCGUUCCUGCUCCGUCGCACGAAACAAGAAAUCCUGACGAACGGCGCUGACAAUGGGAUGGGUGCACUGCUUCCUGGCAAACAAGAGCAGAUUAUAUUUUGCCGGCUCACGGCGAGACAGCGUGCGCUGUAUAGGCGCUUCCUGUCCUCGUCCGAAGUCGCAAAGGUGUUGCGGCGAGGCAUUCGGCCAUUCCGGGCCAUUUCUGUGCUACGACACAUCUGUAACCAUCCAGACUUGCUAGCAUCGUUUGGUGAUGGAAGACUGGCUGACAAACAACGACAAAGUUUUGAGGACGACGACGAAGAAGAGGUUGCUAGCAUUGCUGGCUCGCUAAACGAAAUGGACGAAGGCAAAGAAGAAGAUGGAAGCGAAGAGGCGUUUGGCGCUGCAUCGGCGAGCGGGAAAAUGGUUGUGCUACAGAAGGUGUUGUUGUUGUGGAAGGCGCAGGGUCACCGAGUGCUGAUCUUUUCACAAACGCGCGGUAUGCUGGACAUCUUAGAGAGCUUUAUGGCUAGGCUUAGCCUCACGUACACUCGUCUCGAUGGUACAACGGGUGUACAAGAGCGGCAGCAGCGUCUGGACGCUUUCAAUGCCCUCGACAGCAACCUUUUCGCCUUCCUACUGACAACCCGCGCUGGUGGUAUUGGUGUGAACUUAGUCGGUGCUGAUCGUGUCGUGGUGUUCGAUCCUGACUGGAACCCGUCCACGGACGUCCAAGCUCGCGAACGAGCUUGGCGCAUUGGACAGCAGAAACCCGUGACGGUGUUCAGACUUGUCACGGCUGGAACGAUCGAAGAGAAGAUUUAUCACCGGCAGAUCUUCAAACAGUACCUUACUAGCAAGGUGCUGCACGAUGCUAAACGUAAGCGGUGUUUCAACAAGCACUCGUUGCGAGAACUGUUUGUCCUAGGGGACGAAGAAGAAGAAAAGGAUGGAGUCGCAGAAACAAACGAAAUGUUUGUUGCUGGAAACGUUGUGCGACCUGCUGAAGCGAUUGACGAUUACCGCGACGAUGGGCAAAGCAGAGACGACAAAGUCGACGCAGAGGCUGGAGAUAACGACAUCGUAUUAAAGCAGUUAUUUGACGGUGGUGAUGUACGCGGUGUGUUUGAUCACUCGGCGGUGGAGUCGGAUGGCGUGCAGAACCAAGAAGCAGAUCUCGUGGAGAUGGAGGCAACAAAGAUUGCUCAAGGAGCACUGAGUGCCCUUCGAGCGUCUGGUGCUCUCGUGCGGCAGCAGCGGGAAACUGUGUAUACGCCAACGUGGACGGGCCGGUCGGGCGCUGCUGGCGAUCCGUCGCAACGGCGGCAGCAGCCAUCGAUUGUGUCGCGGGGUAAACCACAAGGUCGAGGUCGGGGUCGUGGACGAGGUGGGCGUAGUAACAAUGGACUCUCGUCGCGGGAGAUGCUUGCGAGGAUCCAACAAAGACGCGACGGCGUCGCGGCUCAGGCGACGUCCGUCCCGCUCCAAGCCGAUUCGGGAGCAUCGAGUGCCGUGCAGUCUUCUGGCAGCUCGGCCCCAAUUGGCGCCGGUGAGAUGGCAAAGCGUUUGCACUCGUUUCUUGCCGCAAAUGCAGCGACAGGCGUGACCACUGAACGGCUGUUGGAGACUUUCGGCGACGUUGUUGGGCCCAAGGACAAACUCGUGUUUCGACACGUCUUACGUGCCAUGGCGGUCUGUCGCGGUCGUCGAUGGACUCUGAAAGCUCCAGACAGCAGUGCUGACUCUUCGUAG